AUGAGCGGGAUGAGCGACGCUGUUCAGCACUUCGACGUUGCGUUUUACACCCCCAUAUCAAGUUCGAACAAGGGUGUGGAGCUUUGCCGCUUGGCGAAUGGCAUUUUGGUGCUUUUGAUAUCGGACCCGGCGGAUACGUCCGUGUCUUCCAGCGUAAGCGUUGCGUCAGGGUCCCACGCGGACCCUGACGAGGUACUAGGCUUGGCGCACCUCUGCGAACACACAAUACUGUCCGCGGGCUCGAAGAAAUUCCCGCGAUCCAGCCAUUACCACGAAAUCGUGGCUCAGAAUGGAGGGUCUCACAACGCCUACACCACAGGCGAAAAUACAACUUUCUACUUUGAGCUGCCGGCGAGCAACGACUCUGGCGAGCUUCUGUUUGACAAGGUCUUGGAUACCCUGGCCUCGUCCUUCAAGAACCCCGUUUUCAGCGACUCUUCGAUAAAUAAAGAGAUCUACGCGAUCGAGAGCGAGCACAACGUCAACAAGGCGUCAACCCCGAAGCAGCUCUACCAUGCAACGCGUCUUCUUGCGAACCCACGCCACCCAUUCAGCCGCUUCUGCACGGGCAACUUCGCUACGUUGUGCGACGAGCCCAACCUUCACAAGGUUAACGUCAAGGCUACUUUAUGUCAAUACUUCAAAACCAACUACGACGCGACCAGGAUGGCUUUGUGUCUUCGCGGUCCUCAAUCCUUGAACGCUCUAGCCAAGCUUGCGAAGAAAUACUUCGGCGACCUGCCCGCAAGCAGAGACAGAGACCCCACGAGACCUCCAUUGAAAAAGAGACCCUCGUCCGGGGUCGCCAGCCAAGAUCUUCACGUCAGGCCUCUUGACUUCAAAAAUUCGAAACAGCAAACCCAAGUACAGGAUGCGUUCGUACCAGAUACGUCAAACUUAGUCGCUAUCCAGUCUUCAAAGAACCCCGUGCUCAGGCUUGUUUUUCCCGUUAGCCACAAAUCCACCAGGCUGACUUCCAACGAUAUUGUUGCCCUUUCAGAGAACUGGUGUGAUUUCUUCGGUGACGAGGGCGUUGGCUCCUUGACACACUGCCUGAAGACUAAUAACCUAAUCAAUGGAGUAGUCGCGUCAGUGGCUCACUUUUCGGCUGGAAAUGACGGCUUGACACUCGAAUUUACCUUAACAAAUUUGGGAUGGUCGAGUGCUCAGUUAAUUAUAACAGUCCUCUUUGAUCUAUUUAUCCCUCGCUUGAUCCACGAUAAAACCAAAGACAUUGCCAAAUGUUUGAGCGAGCUAAAUUGUACUGACUUGCUAACGUUUCUGUAUCAAGGCGCUGAGAAGUCCUCUAUGGAAAUGUGCGCUGUAUUAAGUAGUCGUUUGCUAUCAGUCUUCGAAACCCUCGAUCCGAAGUGUCUAUUAAAGGGAAGCCCUUUGAUUGAGUGCAACCAGAACCCCUCAGCCAUUGGCGAUUACAGUGAAUCUACAGAAAGCCGAACUUGGUGGAUUGGGCGGGCUAUCAAGUUCCAGAACUUCGUUAGCGAAUUUGUGAACAGACAAAAUCUAAGAAUUGUGAUGCUGGGCAAUUGUCCCAAAUCUGACCUGCUUAGCUCCGUGACUUCAGUAUCGAAAACAGAUGCAUACUAUGAGUUCACUUACCAAAUUUCCAAAAUAGACAUGCUGUCGGUGCGCGAGGAAUUAUAUCGCAUUCCUGGCUUUUCCUUCCGUGUACCAUGUUAUGAUAUGUUUCUGCCCACUGUCGGCCGUAAACUAGGGCUGAUAAAGCAGGCCUUACAAGCGUCCUCGAAUCGGUCCCAGACGUCCUUGCUUACAGUCGUAGCUCGCAACGCAUAUUUGCAAACAAUUCCAAGGCUGGCAGGCAAAAACUCCAACCAUGAGCUCUGGGUUAAAGAGGAGGAUUCAGACCUCUCUUUUAAAUCCAAAAGUAUUAUUUCAAUCGAAGUUGCCAGCAAGACAAUUGAGGCAUGUCCCUCUUACACUAUGUGUUUGGAAGUGCUUGCCCAAUUACUCGGAGACUCGCUUUCAACCGUUUUGUACCCUUCUGAGAAGCUGGGUUAUACCUACGAGAUCUCUCCGUCAGCUAAGGGACACGCGCGGCUGUCGUUUACCAUUUCGGGGUUUCCUGAGGGAGUUUGUGCCAUGGUGAGAGUUAUUAUCGACCAGACCAAAAGCUUGAUAAACAGCGACACAGUUACGCCGGCUAUGUUUCGCAAAGCGCGCGUUGCUGUGAGAAACAAGUAUGAAGAAGCUGCGUCAGCUAACUCUACAACCUUGGCAACACUGGGACUCCUUAUAGUCCUGGAAGAGUGUAUGUGGCCCGUAGAAGACCGCUUGGAUGCUCUCGAGGAAAUUGAUAUUGAGUCUUUCAGGACCUUCUGCUCGGGCUUCAUAUCAAAACCUACCUACCUAAACGUCUUCAGCCAAGGCGAUCUGAGCUACACCGAGGAAAUCAGCACUUUUCUCGACUCAGGCCUCACUAGCCACUUGAGCCGCAGAACCUGGCACGAGCCAGCGGUGAGGGAACCCGUCACCCACGCUCUGAAGCCUGGCACAAACAUGUUCAUCAGGAGAAGCGCUUUUGUCGAAGACCCUAGCAGCAGCAUCGUGUACUUUAUACAAACCGGCGACCGCGACGACGCACAAAUGCUUUCCUUGACGUGCCUGACGGAGUUCCUGAUGUCGAUGACCUUGGUGCCAGAUCUACGGACUAAAAAGCAGAUAGGCUACGCGGUGUUUAGCGGGUUGCGCCUUCUCUCAACGACCAUGGGGCUGCACAUAACAUGCAUGUCAAGCUCACCGCCCGAGCAUCUCGAGAGCCAGAUUGACCAGUAUCUGGCCUACAUGGAGCACGACGUGCUGAGCGCUAUGAGCGAGGAAGAAUUCCAGGAGAGGUACAUCCGCAAGUUCAGAGCUAUGUUCGAGCGGGAAAACGUCACCAGCACGAGCGACGCGGCCGGCCCCGCAGACCUCUUGGCCCAGAUCGAGGCAAAUGUGCACAGCGGCAACUUACCGGAGCAGGGAGCCGCGAUGCGCCAGCACAAACGCAUCCGAAAUCAGAUAUCUAUCCACCGCUACAAUUUUACUUCGGACUUAGAGCCUGCCGACCUCGGAUUGCUUCGCGCCCUGACCCUAGGUCAGUUCCGCCGUUUCUUCCAAGAGAAGAUCUCCAUCUGCUCCACGACAAGGAGCAAACUGUCCGUGAUGGUCGCGAGCCCGGUAAGUGCCGAUGAAAUCGCGGAAAAGCGCCUCUUCCUGCAGAUCGAGAGCUACCUGAAACUGAAGGGCCUAAAGAUUCCCAGUUCCGAACUACGAGCCAUAGUCGAAUCCUCCCAGGGCAAGCCCUCGACGCUUAUGCGUGGUCUAUUCAAGUUUUUCCUGGCAAGAGGCGAAACCUUAAGGCUCUGCAACGUGAUCUUGAAAGAGUUGUCUAAAGCCGUUGUUCUCUCGCUCAAACCCCGUCCUACGAAUAAUAAUUCCGCAGGCGUCCUGCAGAAUGUGCGCAAAGAAGUGUCUACCGCGGUUCCACUUAUAGAAGUUCAAGCAAAUCACUUUCGACAGCGAAGUCCCGUCACCGGAUAA